CAAAAUUAUUAUUUAAAGUGUUCAAAUUUGAUUUGCUGGCAAAAUUAGAUUGGUUGGUACGAAGAAUGAUGUAGUAGUUGACUAAAAAAGUCGUUAAGACACCUUUCGCUAAUAGUAACGACGAGCUUUAUCCCCGGGUUGCAAUUUCGGGUCGGGUCAAAACCAGUCAACCAAAUCGGUAAAUUCGCCGGAUGUAAUCCUCUCAACGGCGAUUAUGACUCCUCCUCUUCCGACGACAACAACAACCUACACGUCAAUUCCGCUUCCUACAAGCGACGUUAUCUCCCGAUCAAUCCAUAAUCUCACUUCCACCAUCUCUCGCCACCGUCCCUGGUCAGAACUCGUUUUCUCCGGCGAUUACUCUCUCCCACGGCGAUUCUCCUCUCUUCUCCUCCGAUUAAAAACGAAUUACCACUACUUCUUCGUCAACUACGCGAUCAUCGUCGCCGCUUGUACCGGGCUAGCUCUCAUCACAGCUAGUCCCGUCGCGUUAGUCGUCGUCGGCACGAUCAUCGCCUUGUGGCUUCUCUUUCACUUCUUCCGAGAAGACCCACUUAUUCUAUGGAGCUUUCAGGUCGGUGAUCGUACGGUGGUGGUGUCUCUGGUCUUAGCUUCCUUAUGGGCCGUUUGGUUCACUAGCUCCGCCGUGAAUUUGGCUGUUGGUGUUGGCAUUGGAUUGCUAUUGUGCAUUAUACACUCCGUUUUUAGAAACUCCGAUGAGCGUUUCCUUGAGGAAGAAGAUGCUGUUACCGGAGGCUUGAUCGGAUCUAAUCGCCGGUGAUAUUUUCCGGUCAUUCUUGCCGUAAUUUUAUAUUUUCCCCGAAUUGCUUUGUGAGAGAUGUUCAAAUUUUUGUUUUUUUGUUUUUUUCCCAUUUUUUUAAGUUUCUUUUGCUUCCUCUUUAAAAUUACUAUUUUUUUCUUACCGAGUGGAAGCUAUUUCAUUGUUUGAUUUCUUGUGAUUUUGUGUGUUGUGAAUUUGAGUUUGAUGAUCUAAAAAUUCUUGAUUACAUGUUUGUUUGUUUUUUUCAA